GGGGAAUUUUUUUUAAAAAAACACGAAGUUUAUUUUUUCUCGAGAACGAGAGCAAGUCUCGAUUUUUUCUCCCCAAAGCCCAUAUCAGUCCAGUCAAAUAUGUUUGGUGCUGUCUGCUCGGGAAGACCAAUGCAAACGGCCAACCAGGUUGGGCCAAACAAGUAUGUGCUCACCAUCCCUAACGGAUCAAACCUCAACCACGUCGCGAUUUUUCUUCUCCCCAACAACGAGAUCCCGUAUGAUUACUCGUGUCUCGUAUACUUCCAGUUACCCACCUCUCCCGAGGACUUCAAGCUCUUGGGAGCCAUUUCUGCUGUGAAGCCGUCUGCCAUCUUCAAGUUCAACAGCACUACCGCAUCGCAGAACACCGCAUACUUGGAUGACGAGUCUAUGAUGGACGAUGUUCCUGCCAGCGGGGAUAUCGUGAUUGGAAUCUCGAUUGAGACCACAGCACAGGCGGAAAUGCUUCUCCAACAAGCAAAGCAAGUGCCACCCCAGUCCAAUGCGUUAGUGAGACACAGUCAGCCACAGCUGUCAGACACAGCGGUGCUAGCCAACCGAAUUGUGGCCCACGCGUAUAACUUCUUGGGCGGGUUCAUCGACGAGCAGGGAAAGGUGCCGAUCUCGCGGUUCGACGAUUGGUGGAGCAAGUUCAAGGCAAAGCUCCAAAAUAACCCUAGGUUUUUGGAUAACGUGGAGUAAAGGACACGGGACGAGCAGUAAUAGAAGGUGUGGUUGGAGUGGGAAGAGAGGUACGUAUUUACUCCAAGAGCACCCUAGCAAGGGUGUCAGAAAGGAAUAGGCAAUGAGACUACCUCUGGAUAUACUUCUCGAUCUAUGAAUUACGAAUUAUGAAUGCUACGGAUUGCGAGUAGUGCAUGUAUGAAAUACGUAGAUAAUGCUUGACUGGCACGUUUCUUUGAAGACGAACGGUUGUAUAGAUGCUGAAUAAAUGGAUUGGAUCAGAUCCAGAGAUCCCUAGUGUAAGGGCAAGUGAGUGG